ACUUGCUUCCGUUCGCGACUACGCUCGCAGGCCACAUCCCGUGCUGCCCUCCUCGGCCGCCCAAUCCAGCUCAUUCCGUCCGGAUAGACUGGGGGCUGGUAUCUCUGUCUCCUGUGCGCUCCAGGGCAGCCCAAUCCGAACGCGCCCGGGCCAUGUCACGGGUGGUGUCGCCGUACGAUCCACUACCACCGAUUAACUCUACAUUGCUCAGGAACCCUCCGGACGCGGUUCCACCAACUGAUGAGCUUGAGGGCCUUCAUGCGGAAUUGAAACUUUUGAGACAAAGGACCCUUGAGCGGGCCAAGAAAGCCGGUGAAGACCUCAAGAUCAUUGAGGAGUCUAUGAGACGAUUGAAAGAGAAGGAGAAGGGAAAGGCUAAGGCCUUGGAGAAGGUGAAGAAGGAACGAGGUUUCACCCCUCUCCCGAAUGGCGACGAUGCUGCGAAGCCGCCUGCACCGACUCAACCCAUACCUCCGCGACCCCGCGUUCCUCCCCCACCACCUGUAUCAGUAACACCCACUCCAACUCCCGCCGUGGAGAUCCGCAAGUCCGCGACUGAGGACGCGAAGAAGAAGAAGAAGAAACGGAAACGCGAGGAACUCAGCGAUGCAGAGUCAGAACCUCCCAAGGCGCGCAAGACCUCACCCAUGCCUCCACAUACGCAUCCACAUCCUCCUCCUGCACAUGUACCACCACCCAAACCUAAUAAGUAUCCAUCGGCGUCCCUCGCUUUCAGCAAGCCGGCUAACGGGCCGGACUUCGCUCUGCCGCCACAAACCUCCCUACUACCGACCCGACCCCAGCCUCAGCCUGUUCCAAUACCAGGGCCAAGCAAGCCUACUGAUGUCGAAGAGGACUUCAGCAAGAGUAAAGCACCCGGCUCGCAGACUCAGAUCACCACGUUCUACGCGAGCAUCGAGCCGUGGUUGCGCCCUAUCAAGGAGGAGGAUAUCGGUUUCCUGGAGUACACAGGCGAUGACGUGGAGCCUUUUGUCAUGCCGAAGCUAGGAAGACAUUAUUCUGAGGUAUGGGAGGAAGAAGACACGAGAUUGUACGGAGGGCCACUCUCUGGUACUGCAGCAAUGCGUGCGCCAGCACGCAUGGCGGAGGAGCGCGGACAUGGACCGUUGACGGAACGAUUAGUCACUGCGCUUAUUCCUAUGCAUAAUGCAACGGAGUGGAAAGGCGUGAAGGCGGCGGAGGAGGCGAUGGAGGGCCGGCCUGGCACGAACGGUGCUGCAGCCGCAGCUGCUCGAGAUAAGCUCAAUGUCGCAGAUCUGGAGGACCGUGUCACCAAUGUCCUGCGAUUUCACGGCCUCCUCGAUGAGCUUCCUAAUUUCUCGGAGGCAGUGGACGAUCCAAUAGCCACCGCUCUGCGGCACGCACAGCGCGAGUUGCGGUCAGUGCUGGCGACGAACAAGGUCCGCCGAACCCGUCUCACCGCCAUCGCCCGCGACCGGCUCGGCUACCAAGAGUACGUCGACCUGCGUGAUACGCUCGACAAGAAUAUCACGACGCUCUACACCAAGCUGCAGAAGAAGGACGGCCCGAAGGCUAACAAGAGCAAGAAGAAGAAAGGUUCAGAGCCCAAUGGGCUCCCCAACGGCGCCCCACUUACUGGUAUCAGCGCGUUGCCCCCGUGUCCAGCAGCUCUCGGGUUGACGCAGGACGAGGAGAACCGGCUGAGCGUCCCAGAGCAGCUCAAGCGGCUCGUGGAUACACGACAGCAGUGGGUGGAAACCAUCGGCGGGGUGUUCGAGGAGAAGGACAGGGAACAGCCCGGGCGAAUAUGGGGCUUCCCGAAGUCCAGCGUGUACGCCGACAUCGAGGAGGAUGUGCGGCAGGAGACGGCGCGUUUAGGGACACCCUCAGCGCCGAGUUCCAGGCCACAGCCUGACGUAGGGCGGCCGUCCGCUAACGGUACCGACACACGGACUACUAGUUAUGGCGGCAAGGGUAAACAGAGAGCGUCGGGGGACUACAUGGAUAUCGGUUGAUGCUCGGCUCAUGUCGGAGACACGGCAGGACGGACAUUGGAUCCAGACUAUCACAUUAUUCCUAUUAUUGCUACUUGUGCCCGGGAGUGGUCUACGCACGCUAUCUGCCAAUCCAUCGUCUGCUCUGCUGCUGACCAUCAU